AAGGGAAAAAUGGCAAUGCACUGAUUGACAAUGCACUGAAUUUCCCUUUCGCUCGUUUGUUUUAUUUUGAAUAGGAGUUCCGUUGUUUGAGCUGUUGGUUUCACUUUCCCCGGCAGAGAAUGUAAUUGAAUAUAGCUGCGUUGUCAAAAUAAAGGUAGCUUCCGUGAUGCUCCAAGCUAAUUACCGACAUUGCGAGCGAUUUGGAUUAUUACCGUUAGCUUUGCUGUCUGAUAAGAUGAAGAUAUUUUCGAUACUGUUGUUGCUUCUGUGCUUGUGGAGGAAUUCCACAGCUUCAUCAGAUCCUGAAGAAAAAACAGUUUGGUCAGGUGUACCUGUCAACUUUACCUGUCAACAGUCCAAGAAUGACAACCCUUGGUUUGGUUGGUACGUGAAUGGCGUUAUUAUUACAUCGAGUGAAGUGUCGUACAAGUUGUAUCCGUCGAGAGAGUCUGGCCCUUCAUGGGCCAGAAUCGAGUCCAGUAUUCUCCAGAUUACUCCCCUGAAGACCCAAACAAACUUGAACCUUUCAUGCAACAUUAUCUACCGAGCGGGAACAAGGAAAGAAGCGUGGAUGCUCAGAGUCUUGGAACAACCAUCACUCUUCGUCAGCAACUCUGGCUGCAGCGCGCCCCUAGAGGGAACUGUCUGCACAUUGAUAUGCCAAGCCAAUUACCAGACAAAUAUAACAUGGUAUAUAGACACCAAACGGAUACAAAAUGGCGUCGCAUCGGAACCAUCUUCGAUCGGAUCAACAAAUAUUUUGAAUAUCACAGCAAGUAGAAGGUACCACAAUCGCAUUUUAAGAUGUAGGGCGCCACAUCCUGAACUGACUGAGGCACUACAAACCAAGACUGUAUUGACCGUGUUGUAUCCACCAUCCAUCGUUUCAGGACAAACUAGCCAACCCCUGAGCACAACACUCUGGUGCGAAGCUGAUGCUAAUCCACCAGCUAACAUAAGUUGGAUAGACCCACGGAAGAACCACAUUCUCAGUGAGACAACAGUUCUUGGGGAUAACCCUCAAGGGCAGGGCAAUCUAACAAGAAGUGAAUUGCCGGUGGACCAUACCAAUACAGGCAACAGGGGUGUUUAUAAGUGCAUCGCACAAAACACAAUUGGCAGAGCUGAAGCUUUGAUUGACCUGUUUGUGACAGAUGGAAAACGUUUGUUCUACGUGAUUGGCUUGCCAUUGUUAAUUGGUAGCAUUUGUUGCUCCUGUUUUGCUGUGGUUGCCGUUUGCUACUCACGGUCUCAGAAGAAGAAGCAGAAAACAACUGAAAAUGACAGUGACCGUACAUAUGCCGUGGCUCAUCCUGAAGAGCCACGUGGUGUGGUCAGCAUUCUUGACUCUGUUAUGUCAACAAGAUCGCGGUCUGAACUGCCAGCAACUCCUAAACGUCAACAGUCGCCUGAUAUUUCCCGGAGACCGCGCAUGAGCCUGCCUCGUGUGUACUAGCCACGUGGUUGAAUUCGCUCAUGUUUCUGGCUACAUCAACAUGGCGCUACAACGGCUAAUGACUGGGAUGGGGCUUAGUAGAUAGACAUAGCUUGACUGAUGUCAUGACGUAAUUACAUGCGCAUACGUGGUGGAUUUAUCACUACUAAAUCCAGUUACCAAUAGCGUUUAUUGCAUAUUUAUUAUAAAUAAAUCUUGCCUGAAGAUUUCGUUGGUACAAUUUUACGUUGGGCACCAACGAAAUCUCUUGCUGACCUCUAUCCCCACCAGUGCCUGGUAUAGUUGAAAUUGUAAUGGCCUUGGCUUGUUUAAUGGGCAUUUUUUGAUGAAAUACACCGUGAAUAUGUACGUCAGUUUUACCCUCGUACCCAAUUUGUGACCCAUGCUACACGCCUUGAAUAUCGUUGAUAAAAUUAAGGCGAAAUAUCUAAAGUUGGGUUGAAUUGGAAGAAUCACUUGUGACGUCAUAUAUACCUCAGGAGUUAAUUACAGCCUCGAAGAUCAGACAUUUUCCUUAAUCGGCAGUCUCAAUCGUACAAGCGUAUAUGCAUUUCAGGACCAUGAAUUUGCAGUUAAUUUGCGGUUAAUUUGCAGUUUUACGGUGAAAUUGUUUUUUCGCUGCAACUUCAUGGCAGUUCACAUGGUGAAAACACCGUGAAAAUAAUUCCGGUUGUGACCCCUUGCCGACACCUUGAGGUCAAGUGAAAACACCGUGAAAAUGCAGUGAGCCCAUCCAGGGGGCCUUCCUCAUUAAAUUUGCGGUGGGGCUAAUCCUUUAAAUGCUUUACGGACCCAUUAUCUGAAUCCCUUAUAAAAAGUACCAUUACCUGUCUUCUUACUGUGGUGGUGACAGGUGUAAAUGUACACUGAACACCCCAAUCACAAUGUUCGCAUCCUUGCAAUGUAGGGCCUACAUGUAAUCUCGGCCAGGUUGUUCAUACACUACAUCAUGGCCUGUAGCUGAAUGAGAACAUUGUAGGGACUUCAGCAAAACGACUCCCCACAAAUUAUGUCACCUCACAGAAACAUUUAUUUCAAUUUUCUGGCAUAUCUGUGAUUUAUUUUUAAUUUGCUUGAGUAGAAUUAUACUC